CAGCCUCUGUUAAUAUGGCCUGCCUCGUCUCCUUCCGUCACGGACAUCUAUCAAGUCUUUUGCCUCUCAAGACAACUCGGAAUCAAGCGUUCGAUCGAGCUUUGGUCCCAGCAUGCCGUCGAUUUACGCGUCAAUGUCCAUGUAUCGUCUCGCCCGUCUUCGGCGUCACUAUGACCAAGCCCGGCGACGACUUGGACGCGCUUCCUACGACUGUAUUGCCGAUGGGCCAUUCAAGACUUGCUUUGGUAUCGUCUCUCUCGUCUCUGUAGCUACUCUCAUGCCCUUCCUCCUCCUCUGCCGUUCCCUUGCCGUGCCUGCAUCCUCCCGUACCCGCCUCCCGUCUCUGCCGCCUUCCUCCUCGUCGUCCUCGCUGCUGCUUCUCUUCCUCCUCUCUGCCAACCACACAAAAAGCAACUCGGCACCGACGGGAACAAGACUGGGCCGGGCCUCUUGCUUCAGUGCUCUAGAAGAAAGCAGCAGUCUAUCACUCAGGACACAGAGCAGAGCAUCCGUGUGGUUCACUGCCUGCGCUACGGUAUAAUGGGUAAGUCUCUUUUGCUCUUUGGCGCGUAUGGACCUUGAUCCGAUCGACUCGGCCGCGACUGUCACAACGCGCGUGGCUACGGGUAUGGGAGGUGAGCGCAGACGUCGCUUCGGUGAUCAUGCCAGCGACGCAGCUUGUACCGCCCUGCACGCCUGUGGACUGGAUGUCGGCGUGUGCGGCUCAUCUUCGCAACCCGCACACACUCUAUCCAGGAACACCCUGGCGCUUGUGACGUCGCCUCGCCGUUGUACGAACGGACAUACAAGCC